CGUCCACCAAAGCUCUCCGACGCGUUAAGUGCUCCUCUCACCACCACCACCACCGCCGACGACUUUAGCUAGCCAUCCGAGUGCCAUUAUAACCGCAUACACAGCAAUGGCUAGUUUUUUCGAUCUCAAGGCCAGAAAGGCCGCUGCUGCCGCCAAUGGCACAUCAGAUAAUAAACAAGACAAGUCGGCAAACGGUCGCAUCCAGCCCUGGGUCGAGAAAUACCGUCCAAAGAGCCUCGAUGAUGUCGCUGCUCAAGAACACACCGUCAAUGUUUUGCAACGCACAUUACAAGCUUCAAACGUAGGUGCGCUCCCGUCAGCCUGUCAUCACCGCUAACUCGAGCGCAGCUUCCUCACAUGCUCUUCUACGGGCCUCCUGGAACGGGUAAAACAUCUACUAUCCUGGCCUUGGCUAAGGAACUCUACGGACCUGAAAUGAUGAAAUCAAGAGUCUUGGAACUCAAUGCCUCCGACGAACGCGGUAUCUCAAUUGUGCGACAAAAAGUCAAAGAUUUUGCCCGAAUGCAGCUCACGAACCCGCCCGCUGGCUACAAAGACAAAUAUCCUUGCCCACCAUUCAAAAUUAUUAUUCUCGAUGAGGCAGAUUCCAUGACGCAAGAUGCGCAGAGUGCGCUCCGUCGAACAAUGGAAACAUACAGCAAAAUCACGCGAUUCUGCCUCAUCUGCAACUACGUCACCAGAAUUAUCGACCCAUUGGCCAGUCGAUGCAGCAAGUUCCGAUUCAAGAGCCUCGAUCAAAGUAACGCGAAAAAGAGACUGGAAAACAUUGCGACUGCCGAAGGAGUUAAUGUAGAAGAUGGCGCACUGGAUGCUCUGAUCAGAUGCAGCGAGGGUGAUUUGCGUAAAGCCAUCACGUUCUUACAGAGUGCAGCUCGAUUGGUCGGUGCCGCGGCAGCGCAGAAGGACGGCGAUGGCGAUGAGGCAAUGGAUGUGGACAAACGCCCUGUUACUGUGAAGAUUAUUGAGGACAUUGCAGGUGUCAUCCCAGGAAAGACUAUUGAUGAUUUGGUUAGCGCUAUGCGCCCCAGAGCUUCACAGGGAUCUUUUGCUUCCGUUAACCAAGUCGUCGAGGAUAUGGUGGCUGACGGCUGGAGCGCCGGUCAGCUUGUUUCACAGCUUUACCAAACGGUGAUGGCUGACGAAACCAUUCCUGAUAUCCAAAAGAACAAGAUUGUUCUUGUAUUUUCAGAAAUUGAUAAAAGACUAGUAGACGGCGCAGACGAGCACCUCUCCAUUUUAGACCUUGCCAUGAGAAUAUCGGGCAUUUUGGCUGGUAAAUAAAAGGUAUCUGUGCUUGUUUAGCCUCAUCAUUUUAUUUACUAAGCUGUCGAUGCAAUUCUAUCUUGUGGGCAUUUACGCGGAGUUAGGAAUGGCAAAAUAAUACACAGUUGUAUUUGCAUAGGUUUCUUUUGUACCAAUGUGACUAUUGUGCUGUAUGUAAUAUAAUAAUGGACUCAUUCAUAGCCUAGUAAGCCAAGAUUACCGUGUAUUUUCGACCAUGUGUCGUUUCGCCUGUAUGUCUUGGGUAGCUUCUUGUCCUUUGGUGUCCGCGGUGGCUGGUCUGCGAAUCCCGCACCAACCCAUGUUUCGUCCUCAUCUAUGCUAUCAAGAAUAGUAUCGUCGACGGGAUCUUGAGUCUGGCUCUGUCCAGUCAACUGUCGUAUUGUAUCUACUAUUUGUGAUGACUCUUCAAGCGCUAUCUGACCAGCCUCGAUAUUUUCGGCAAGAUGCUCCAGGCUGUGAAUCUUUGCUUCAUCUGCAGCAUCUACCCAAGUCUUGACUUUCGUCUUCAAAUCAAGGCUAGUGCCUGUAUUGACAGUCUCAUCUCGGAUGCUUGAUCGCCGGCGGAUAUCCUUCCCUGACGAGUCUGAUACAAGUUCGCUCUGCUGAGCAAUGUCGGUGAAGUACUGGUGUACUUGCUUUGACUGCUUUGAAAGAGAUGCAGAGACCUGCGAUUUUGUGGAAACAAUAUUCUUGUGUAGUUGAGACACUUCCAGCAGAGCUUUGAUAUGUGGUAUGCACAUGUGAUCCGACGACGAGACGGCGUUGUUGGCGGUCGUUCUCUGAGGCAAUGACGAGGGCGCCGUAGAUAGAGAGCGGCUUGCAACUGCUGAUUCCUGCGAAAUCAUAUCCAGCAACGCUUUUCUUGAGGAUACGUAUAGCGCAUAUUUUUCCUGGAUGGCGUCGAAUUGCCUCGAAACCAGGCUACCACUUGCCCCUAGCCUCUCGCCACUGUUGCCUUGGCCAUCAUCUUCGCCAGCAGAGGCUUUACUAAGCUCUGUUUCGAUCCAGGUAAUAAGCUCGUUCCUUGUCGUAUUGAGUGCCUCAAACUUGACCUCUACUCGGACAGGCUGUGGAAUUCGCGUUGUUUUGGAUUUGGCAUCCCGCAAUAGCUGUUCUUCUUGCUUGAGAAGUAAUUUGGCUCGGAGCACAAUCUUCUCUAGAUUAUUAAUCUGUUGUUGGAUAUCUGUUGGAGCUUGAACCUGCUCUAUGACAAUGGUAUUGAGCACUUCUUGGGGCACUUUGGGCAACUGUGCUGUUCCUUCAAACAUGCUAUCCAUGUCCAAAUAGUCUUCCGCCGCUGCCGGCUUGUCUAGGAGAUCUAUGCAUGAUUCGUGAAUAGCCGCAAGAUUCUCCUUCUUUUCUUGAAGUUUUAAAAUAGCAAUAUGUCGCUCCAGAGCGCUCUUAGCUACCUGAUUCGGCGGUGAAGACCGCUGCUCUUGUAAGCGAUGACCAGUAGCGAUGGUGUCUGCAUAUCGUUUCUGUGCCAGUCUGUGUUCUACCAGGGCAUUGAAAUACUCCUUGGAGGUUUCAUCGAGCUCUGGUGCCAGCUUCGCAUUUUCAUCAAAUUCUUUGAUGAGUGAAAGCGGUGGUCUAAGUGUGCCUGUUUCUGAGCAUUGUCCUAGAUGAACGGCAAGGACUCUUCGGAUAUAAUUGACCUGUUCUCGUGAUUUGAUGUAUGGCUGCAGGGCAUGCUGGAACUUAUCCAGCGUUUCGGUAACUUGGCUCAUCCCCAGCACCCUUUUCGCCGUAUUUUGUAACUGCUGUUGCAAC